ACCAAUGAAUGGAGACGGGGAGGAAACACUGACCGAUAGUUUUGUUUUUCCACAUUGCUUUCCUCUUUCUGGCAGCAACUUGGUUUAUAAAUGCCAUGUAGUCGCAGCUGUGAGUGGAUCUAAAUCCCGUAACAGUUCCGCAGCUAGAAAAACCGGACCGACCACCGCGGCUAUCUCUCCUCUCCUCGGCUCGCUCCGCCGUUAACGUUAACUUCCCGGUGUUUGCUCUGACCGGGAGAAGCUACAGAGAUGUCCGACGACGGUGGCUCGGCUGUUGGCCUUCUGUCUUACGAGACGCUGGUUCACGCUGUUGCAGGUGCAAUGGGGAGUGUGACAGCUAUGACCGUCUUCUUUCCUUUGGACACAGCCAAAAGCAGACUGCAGGUGGAUGAGGAGCGAAAAUCUAAAUCUACCCCCGUCAUCCUGGCUGAAAUAGCAAAGGAAGAAGGCCUUCAGUCUUUGUACAGAGGCUGGUUACCAGUCAUCUCCAGCCUCUGCUGCUCCAACUUUGUCUACUUCUACACCUUCAACACACUGAAGAAGCUGACGGCAUCCGGUCCAGGCAAGUCCAGCCCCAGCAAAGACCUGCUCAUGGGAGUCAUGUCAGGGGUGGUGAAUGUGAUCCUGACCACUCCCAUGUGGGUGGUCAACACUCGCCUGAAGCUGCAGGGAGCAAAGUUCAGAAAUGAAGACCUCCAGCAGACCCAUUACAGGGGCAUAUUUGAUGCUUUCUCACAGAUUAUAGCCAUUGAGGGUGUGGGAACUCUGUGGAACGGCACUCUGCCCUCUCUCAUCCUCGUCCUCAACCCGGCCGUACAGUUCAUGUUUUAUGAGGCCAUGAAGAGGAAGGCAGGGAAAGGAGGGAAGAAGAUUUCCUCAGCAGAAAUCUUUCUCAUUGGAGCCAUUGCCAAGGCCAUUGCUACCACCGUGACAUAUCCUCUUCAGACAGUUCAGGCCAUCCUGAGGUUUGGCCAGUACAAACGUGACGGUAAGGGCGGCGUGAUCGGAAGCCUCUCAAACAUUUUCUCCCUCCUCAUGGACAGAAUCAAGAGGUAUGGUGUUCUGGGUUUAUAUAAAGGCCUGGAGGCCAAGCUGCUGCAGACUGUACUGACAGCUGCCCUCAUGUUCGUUGUGUAUGAGAAGAUCACUGGUGCUACCUUCAAAGUCAUGGGCCUUAACAAGAAACUGAAGCAGUGAAUACACGCUCCCUUGAAUACAGUAAUGCAUUAGUACCACCAGUAUGUUCUGUCAACGGCUCAGAUGAUGUGCUUAUUGCCAGGAAUUGUUUCAGCCACAUAAAGGUUGUAAUAAGAGGUGGGAUUGGUGCCUUUGGGGCCACAGAUUCCCACACUUGCUUAAAACAUACACAAUAACAAGAUCUGGGUGUAACACCUAAUCCCCUUGCUUUCUUUAACUGGGUCCAUUUGUGCAGACGGACCUUUGAUUUUCUCCACUGGUGAAUCCAUGUUGCGAUGGAUCACAGUGAUCUUGCAGGAGCUUAAUUUAGUUUGAUUUUCAUACCAACCUUCUCAUCAAAAUCUUGGCAAUAAAGUGAAUGAGCUUUUUUUUAAUUUUUUUUAUUUUUUUCCAAAAGAGGAGACCAAUAAUUUAGCUACUUAGCGAGGUAUUGCCUUGAUCUAACUUAACUAGCUACUGGACCACUGUUCACACACUCUUAUGUUAUAACUGUGAAUUUAAAUGAGUUUGAUUGAAACCCUCAUGAAAAGUCCUGCCAGAUAAAUGUAAUGAAAUCAAUAACUGAAAGGGAGAAGGUGCAGAGCUUGCAUUCAUAUUUAUCGAUCUGUGUGUAAAAUCUGCACCUUCCCAGCUCAGCAAUGUUUUUAUUUUAACAUUUAUAUAACAAUAUUAGGUAAAAUUAAUUUAAUAUAAAUGCCAAUGAGCACUUAAUCCAUCAGUCUGAGAGUAAAGAUUACAUGUGUACAAAUACUGCAAAAGGUGCUACAUGCCUCUACAUCUGAUCAUGAAAAACUGUACUAUGAACUGAUGUAAGUGCUUUAAAAUGACUGUAAAUGAUUUACACAAACCCAUGAUCCACAGAUCUCUAUUGUCUUCAUGAUUGUAUUGGUCAGUAUGAGCAUUUUGUCACACAGGUGUCUUCCAUUAUUUACCUCAGUGUCUUGUAUCGUGUAGUCAGGGCUUGCAGUAAUUUACAGUACUUGUAAAAAUGUAGCUUUCACUUCCUUCUGUUUAUGUGCACUUUAACUGUACUACAGAAACUAAACAGUAAGGUAAUAAAUGUCGGGGAAGGCAAAAAAAUUAAGUCUUCCAGGAAAGAAAAUAAUAUCUGAGGAUAGCAGGUGUGUGACAAAGCAGGAAGCACUGAACAAAUAAAAUGUCAGGUGAGACUGGAGAACCAAAUCUUUAAUAGUUUAGGAGACCAAAGCUGGUGAAUAUGUUGCUGUUAGUUAUAAAACAAUGGCAAAGCAGUGACACAUUUGGACAACAGUAUGCUACACCAUGGGUAUUAAUAUCUUCUUCAUAACUGCCUUGACUUUUUAUUUGCUCCCAAUGACAGGACAUCACAUUGCUGAAAUGUUUUGUUUUAACAGUUUACAUGAACAUACUGCUUAUACAAUACUUGAAGUCAUCUUCAUUCAAUUACACAACUUUGUUUUAACAUAUAAAGUCUUUUCUAAUUUAAUUUCAUUUGACAUAGCACUGUUUGUGGUUCCAUUUAUUGGAAUAACAAUGGAAUAAUAAAGUUUGACAAACCAUA